AUGAUUCGGUUGCCAUGCCGCCCGCUCCGCCCUGACUCUCGCGGUAUCGCCGCCCUCUCACCCGUCUCUUCCUGGUGGCCGCCAUUUCCCCCGGAGCCCGAGCAGGAAGUCGCAGUAUACGGCGCCCAGGACUUGUUCUCGGCUGGUGUGUCACCGCUUCUCCCCGGGUUGCGGCCUGGCGGAGCCCAGGCUGAUGUGCGGCCCUAGCCGGGAGGAGCAUGUUCCCUAACCCCCCCAGUGUGGGCCGCAGUCCGCACCCCUCCCGCUCCAUCCCCCAGCACCCCGGGGAUCUGUCGCUGGCUGUGCCCCCGGAGCUGCUGCAGGCCCACCUCACCUACCAGAAGAAUGCCAACCUCUCUAGGAUGCUGAUGAGUGGAAACAUCCUGGCGAUGACUCCAGUGUCCCCACAGCCAUGGUCCUAUGGGAAUCGCAGCCCCUUAAUCAGUCCGGUCUCUUCACCUUCCCAGUUCCAAAACAGGAAGAGGAGAAGUGACGAGGGGAUUAAUCAAUAUGACCCUAAGAGGCAGAGGUUUCAAUCUCCUCAGCAGACGUCUUCUCUCAUUCACCAGUCAGUGCCUUUAAGAGAUGACCUCCAGUUCUCCUUCCCAGGGGUGCCAUUACGGCAGGCCCCUCAGAGCCCUGAUGUAAAUGGCCGAGUUCCAUCUGUGGGAGACAAUUGGCUAUAUGAUGAAGUAGAAACCACUUGGCCAGUUGCUAAUGACAAGCUAAGUCAGCAGAUUCUGGACUUGUUUCGGGCUUGUCAGCAGCAAGUUUCUGACUUGAAGAAGAAAGAUAUCUGUCGGGCGGAACUCCAGAGGGAAAUUCAGCAAAUAUUUCCCCAGAGCAGACUGUACCUGGUCGGAUCAUCACUCAACGGGUUUGGCACAAGAAGCAGCGAUGCAGAUUUGUGCUUAGUUAUAAAAGAUGAGCCGGUUAAUCAGAAAACAGAAGCCAGGCAUAUACUCAGCUUACUCCAAAAACACUUCUACACUAGACUUGGAUAUAUUGAGAGACCUCAGCUAAUCAGAGCAAAAGUGCCAAUUGUAAAAUUCAGGGACAAAGUCAGUGGUGUGGAGUUUGACUUGAAUGUAAACAAUGUCGUGGGAAUCAGAAAUACAUUCCUUCUAAGAACCUAUGCACACACAGAGAACCGUGUUCGUCCAUUAGUACUGGUUGUUAAGCGAUGGGCUGGUCACCAUGGUAUAAAUGAUGCCAGCCGAGGAACCUUAAGCAGCUAUAGUCUCGUUUUAAUGGUUUUGCACUAUUUACAAAUGCUACCUGAACCCAUUCUUCCAUCUCUACAGAAAAAUUACCCAGAAUGUUUUAACCCUGCUAUGCAGUUGCACCUUGUCCAUCAUGCUCCUCGCAAUAUCCCUAAAUAUGUCUCCAAAAAUGGAUCAAGCUUGGGUGACCUUCUUGUGGGAUUCUUGAAAUAUUAUGCCAUUGAGUUUGACUGGAAAAACAAGAUGAUUUCUGUUCGUGAAGGCAAAGCUUUGCAGAGAACAGAUGGCAUUGAAUGGAGGAACAAAUACAUCUGUGUGGAAGAGCCAUUUGACAGAACAAACACUGCUAGAGCUGUACAUGAAAAACACAAAUUUGACAUGAUUCAGGAAGAAUUCUUGAAGGCUUGGGUGAGAUUAAGAGACAACAAAGAUCUCAACAGUGUGCUGCCUCUUCAAAGAGUUGUUGGAAAGCAGAAAUGAUAGCCUCUUAUAGAUGGACCUAUAAAAAUAAAAAUUUACUUUUCCUCUGCAAUAUGCUUACACCUCAAGAAUUUGACUUUUAACCAUCAAUAUAAACUGUAUAAAAAAAGAAAAACUUUUAGAAAAAGUUAAAUUUUUUGUGUGCACAGUAUGUUCCUUUUUUAUUGUACAUUUUGCUGUUGUAUGUAUCUGGGGGUGUUUGCUGGACCUUGAUUUAAUAUAUUUGUGAGCGUGAGACCGUUGCUGUCUUUUCCUUGUGAGAAAUUCUAGAAUUGCACUACACACUGAUAACAUGUUCUUCUCCUAGAGUCAAUCUGCGGCUUUCCUUUGGCAGUGUACUACACGUCAAUGUAAAAGAGUACAUAUAAGCUUGAAUAUGUUUACCUCAGUAGCUGCUGCCGUUUCAGUUUUUGUUCCAGGGGAUUUUUUUUUUGACUGGAACCUUUACUUUGUUUUGAAUCCCUUAUCUCCGUUCAGGUUUAAAAAAUAAAAAAAAGUUUAAAAAUUUUGUGAGAUGUUUCUAUCUGCAUGGGUAGGUACUGAUUUUUUUUUUAUAUAGAUUAUAGAAAAUCUAGUAAGAGUGCUAAGAGAGAAACUGCACUGUUCUAUGAGAACAGAGUUCAGACAUACAGAUUCUGUGCCUAUAUCAUGAAAUAAAACAUUGUAAAUUCGAUCACUAUUUUAUUGGAUUUCAUUUAUAGAGGACCUGUGUGCUCUCCUGACAUAUGUUUUAGUAAAAACGCCAAUUCUCUAUAAAAUGAACAAUUGAUGAUUAUUCUUUGCAUUCAGUACUAUGUGUCAGGAAAUGUAGAGACAAGCAGAAUGGUAAGCGUCCAGUUUUGUCAAUUUAUUAAUAAGUUUCUAAAAGAAAUAACAGAGGAACAGCACAAUGCAAAGUUUCAAGGAAUGAUAAUCUCACGUUAUUUCAUGAACUAUACAAAGAUUUCCUAAAACUGACAGGAGACCAAACAGAUCCUGAGAAGAAGACCUUUGUGUUUACUGACAAUUAUUUUUGCAUAAAAGCUUUAUCCAUUAUCUUGAUGGUCCUUUUAAUCAUUAAAGCACCAGUUCCCACCCAAACAUGUAGUAGUAUAAUAUUGCUGCUAAAAUUGUGUUCCCAUCCCCCUUAUGUUAUGUUAUAUAUACUUGUAUGUAUUCCAUAAUAUAAAUUUAAAAUGUAGGACCCUAGGCUGUUCUCCUGCCCCAUCAUAGAUCGGUGUGGAGAGGUACAGCUGACUCGGGGUGGCACAGUUGCUAAGUAACCCGUGUGAGAUGCCAAUAGAGUUCCUAACACAAGCCCUUUUAUGAUGAGCGAGACUCAUGCACAGAACUUGCUGGUUGUUGUACGGCUGCAUCAGCAACUGGACACCUAAGAUCAGCUGUGCCUCUCCACACCGAUCAGCGCAGAUUGGGUACGGUCACGCGUAGUGCAACAGCAACGUAUUUAACGCUGCGGGACAUCCGCUGCACUGCAGGAAAUAACAGUGUAGAUUUUUCUAUAAGCAGACACAUCGGGCUACCCGCUGUCGGCCUGUUUGUGCAGUAAGGUUUGGAGACAGGGCCAGCGUGCUGACUGUGACGUGCAGGGCGGGGAAGCCCUGUCUGUCUGCUUAUUGGAGAAUAUGCAGCAUUUUUCCCGCUGCCUCAAAUACACUGCGCUACGUGUGAACCUACCCUAACGUUACGUUCACACGUUGAUAACUGAGCUCCCGCUACAAGUUUCACUACUAUUUCAAUGAGUCUGCCAGCAAUCUGCAAAUCUGGUACUAUUGCUGAUUUUCCAUGCGCCCAUUGAAGUGAAUGGUAACAAAAUUUGCAGGGGAUUUAUCAACGUGUGAGCAUACCCUUAAAUGAUGGGAAAAUAAUGGUAAUGUUACUGAUAUUCUUAAUGACAUAUAAAAUUUCUCUAUUGGGGGUGGUUGUCCCUAGGCACUGGCUUAUCCUGCCUAGGAGAAGGAUUACCAGAAAUUGUUCGGUCCCAAGCAUGUUCCUUCAGACCCAUUAUAGCACGGAUGGUGCUUGUUGUCAAUUUGUUGACCGGGAUAACUUUUAAUUUUGUUGCAGAGUUAUGUAAACUUGUUCUUUGUUUUCUUUUGUACAUUGUCACUCCGAAUAAAGUUUAUGUAUAAAUUAAA